ACUGUACUUGUGGGUGACUAUUUCACUUCCACAUUCUGUCCACGACUUCCAGCCUUCGAUAGGCUUCCAAGAUGGAAGAACAGCUUCACUUCGAAGAACCCGACACAGAUAUGCACUUCGUGGCUCCCGUCCCCGACCCGCUCUCAGCGGUCAUCGACAACCCUGGAAACUCCGAUCUUUCUCUGCCCACAGAAUGGACGAAUUUCCUCGCAAGUUGGGAAGCCAGUGACUCGAUGAUAUCAAAUGCGGAAGACGGCAUACUCGACCCUGCCUACGAGUUCUCCAUUACACGGGAUUCGCCCGUCGUGUCGUCACGAGAAAGGGUCCUCGCUACCGGAAAAGGAGAAAAGACGCUCUCCAAGUCCUCGACACGUCUUCCUAGGAAUGCGAAGCUGGCCUUAGUGGACUGGUGGUCUAAAAAUUCCCAAUUUCCUUAUCCUUCAGAUGCUGAGAAGGAUCGACUCUGCGACGUUACAGGUUUAACCCGCAGUCAAGUAUGUCAGUGGUUCGCCAACGCCAGGAAAAGAUCCAGAACCCGGACAGGAUCAGGACUAAGGUCUCAGCCUCAAACUUUCAGUCAAUCUCAUUUACCUUUCAUGGGCUCUCUGCAUCCAUUCGAGCGAUGGCUCACGCUUGAGCCUCAAUUUGAAGCCGUUCCGCUGGAAGCCAUCAUAAACGCUGUCAAGCAGAGAAAUGAGGAAAAUGAGGGAUGGCAAGGUCGAAAGCCUGAAGUUCGUAUUGAGCGGCCAGGUCGAAGUACCAACUGGCAAUACUACCGAGCUGGUACGUCUUCUGUCUCAAGCAUGGAGAUCCGUUCCUACGCGGCGAAUCAAUCCGUGAAUGCAGAGCAGCAAUGCCUGGACAGUUUCGCGUCACUUCAACGACUAGAUCGCCGGAAGCAAGCCUUCACACGAAAAGCUCGGUCGGCCUAUGGCAGGUGUGCAAACACGUCCCAGCAACCUCGGCCGUUCCAAUGCACCUUCUGCGAAGCAUCUUUUGCACGGAAACAUGAGUGGCAACGCCAUGAGAAAUCUCGUCACCUCCCACUCGAAACGUGGACGUGCUGCCUUCGCGGCGGCACGGUGGUGAAUAAUGUUACCAAUUGUGUUACCUGUGCCUUUUGCCCCGAAGCUGACCCUAGUCCUGAACAUCUUCAAAUGCAUGGCUACACUGCCUGCGCUCAGCGCCCUCAAUCGGAUCGAACAUUUUACCGCAAGGAUCACCUACGACAACAUCUUCGCCUGAUUCAUGGUGUCACCGACUGGGAUGGAGCUAUGGAUCUGUGGAAAUCCCAACCUGAACGUCUUCGUUCCCGCUGUGGAAUUUGUCAUGUCUGGUUCGAGACAUGGCAAGCGCGGAUGGAUCACAUCGCAGAUCAUUUCGCCUCUGGAUCUUCAAUGAAUGACUGGACUGGCGAUUGGGGCCUAGAGCCGGAAGCUACCUUGAUGCUGGAGAACGCUAAGCUUCCCCAAUUGUUGUAUGGUCAAGCUGCUACCGGUGGGAUUCAUCAAUAUGCACAGCAUGAAAUUGAUAUGGACUAUGAUCAAUCACUGUCACAGCAAGACUUUCAGUCCGAGCAACAGUACACGGCAUUGGAAAGCUGUACAGAGGAUUGGGGGACCGACUCGUUCUCGAUAUCCGAUUUGAUCGACCCGUCUACUAUUGAGAUGACGGAUUUUCAUCUGUUUCGAAAGCUCGAUGAGUUGGACGAGAUUGGAUUGGUAGGCAUAGAAUGGGAUGAUCGUUCAGUGAUGCGACUACCAUCUUGACAACGGCGAGAGUAUUGAACCUACUUCCUGUGACCGAGCCACAAGCACAGAAUACGCUUUGAGAUUUCAGGCCGUUUCUCAGAAUGAGGAUCAGGUUUCUAGCUCUAUACCCCUAUGGACUUCUCUUAACUCUACCUGAUUUGUUAUAUUUUCCAAUCAAAAUGCCGUUCCCAGCUACCUGCCACUCUGAAC